AUGGACUUUGGUAUACAUCUUGAAACUCAACAGAAAGAAUCAGUUACAUUCAAAGGCAUGAAUAUUCCUAGAGAAAUCUUAGGGAAUAUUCGUUACCCAAUUGCUACUCCAAUUCAACGCAAAGUUAUCCCCAAAUUACUUACUGGUGAAGAUUUAAUUGCCGUAUCUAGAACUGGAAGUGGUAAAACUUAUGCUUACGUCAUCCCCAUUCUCAUGCGACUACUGGCUGAACGCGAGGCCAAAAGUAUCUAUACAAAGGCUAAAGCUAUUAUUAUUGUUCCUACUUAUGAACUAGCUACUCAAGUCUUUAGUGUCUUCCAGGAACUCAGUAAGAAUGGAGUUCAUCCUGGUCUUUUUACUGGUAUUGGUAGUUUAGCCCAUUCCUUUAACUAUUUAGUGGUUGGUCAAUUUGAGGUGGCAAUUUGUACGCCAGGCCGAUUAGAGCAUUUACUUAAUGAAGUAUCACAGGCGGAAAGGAACAAGCCUAUCUUUUUAAAGAUAGAUGAUAAGGGGGCUAAACGAGAAGUAAGUAUUACAGAUCAACAAUUAUUAGAUAAGAUAAGUAGACCGGAUAUUGUAGUUAUUGAUGAAAUGGAUCGAAUUUUUGAAGAUAAGAGUCUUUCCUUAUCUUUAGAACGUAUUUUAGAAUAUCUUAAAGACUCGCCACAAUUUGCGUUAUUCAGUGCUACCCACCAUAAGGGCAACACGCAGAUCCAAACUAUUUUAGGACGGCCAAACAUGGAGUUGAUUGAGAUUUUAGGAGGUGUCUCUGAUCAUUUAGAACAAGGCCGAUUAACUAUCAAUAACUUCUUAGUACAAGAAGAUCUUAAGUUUUCUUUACUCUUAUCUUUACUUAAGAAGCUAGAUGGUCAAAAGAUUCUUGUCUUUGUUAGUACUUGUAAACGAGCAACUAUUAUAUCUGAAGCUUUGAAGUCAACUGGGAUUGCGCAGGGGACUUUAAGCUCUUUAGAAGCAGAAGAAUCACGUGAUCAAGUUAUGACCGCUUUUAAAGAUAAUCAAAUUUCAGUUUUGAUUUCAACUGAUGUUGGUUGUCGUGGCCUGGAUAUUAAAGGAAUUGGAGCUAUUAUUGAGUACGACUAUGCCCCUAACCGGAGUACAGCUGUACAUCGAGUCGGACGUAUGAAUCGAGGUAAGGCCGAGCAAGGAACUCUUUUCUCUUUUAUCCGUAAGGCCGAUAUUGCGACUUACUUGGCCUUUCUUAAUCAUAUCUACUCGGAAAAGCCAAGAGAUCCUUCUAGAUUAUCGCGGUUGUGUUUUGCUUCUACUUCAUGCAUUCAUAAUUCACAACAUACAACUUGUUCUUAUCUAGGAAUGGGAACUGUACCUCCCUCAGUUUAUAGUGCUAGUCAAGCUUUAGCCCAGGCUUUACUAGCUAAAGAUCCCUCCUUUGCUACUUCUUACCAGAAGUUCACUAAGACUAAUCCUCCGGCGCCUAUUGAUCCCCAAUGGGUUGUUUCUGUCAUUAAUGCCUCUACUCUACCUAUUCAUCCUUACUUUGGCACUCACUCUACCGAUGCCAUGGCUGCGGCCGUGCAUACUUAUAAACCCCGGGCUUCUUUAGCCACCCAUACGCCGGGUCCCAAUCGCCGGACUAUUCGUCUUCAAGCCCGACCCAAUCCAGUCAAACCCAAAGUUGUACCCCGUGCCGCCCAAUCUACUUCUGCCGAUAAGUUCAAAGACCCGUCCUUCAUUCCCUAUGAGAAUAUCAAGUCCAGCACUUUUAUUACUACUGAAGAUAAGCCCGAUCGUACUACUCAGCACCAAGACAGAGCUAGACAACUAUCCAAACCCCCUGGCCAACUCUUUACGGAAUGGAAGAAAGAUAACCGCGACCGAUUAUGCAAAGGCUUCUUACUUAAACGGCCUUCAGCCGAAGAAGAGCCCACUCCUACUCCCGGGCCAAAACCGCGUCGUUCCGAUGGUGAGACUCAUUCCGUGCGCAAAGUCCAAGAACUACGUGAAGCCCGUGAAAAGGCCCACCAAGAACGACGACUCAAGGUCCAAAAGAAGCGCAAAACAAGAUAG